AUGGUAAUUUAUGGAAUCGCUUUGCGGUGUGAAAACAUUAGUCUCCUCUUCACAGUAAUGUUAUACGGAAAGUUCCAAACACGCAGCAGGAAAUCACGACUUCGAAAAUAUCUCGAGGGAUUUCGAUUCAUUUUUUUCGAUCCAAAGCUUGGAACUAACCACCCCUGCAACCUAGGUAGUAUGGUGUGAUCUUUAAAAAAAAAGAUAGUGAAAUUAUAGGAAUUGCAGGGUUGAGCAAUGUCCUUGGGCUGCCGUAGACGUUGCUUCAUUUGCGAUCUUGCUUUCUCUGCUACCCAGGUCUCUUCAAUCAACGCAUUCUCUUCCUGCUACACCUUUUCCUUCAAUCGCCGCCUACCGUCGGUAUAAAAGGCAACUCCCUGAAGGUAGAAGGCAGGUGGGCAAUCUCAUCAUAACGACAACGGUAAGCAGUCCUUUCUUUUCCUUGUUCUUACCCAGUCAUUUGAAGCCUCUUGGCGACUUUAAUUUCUAAUAUUUAUUGCUCCUACUCCUCUGGUUCUGAUUUUCGUGUUUAAGAUGACCAACGAGAAGGAACUCGAGCUCGAGGCUCACUCUCUCCGCCGCGUCGCCUUCUUCGGCGUUGCCGUCUCGACGGUCGCCACGCUCGUGUGCGUCCUGUCGGUGCCCAUGCUGUACAACUACAUGCAGCACAUGCAAUCCGUCAUGCAGAGCGAGGUCGACUUCUGCCGCUCGCGCUCCGGAAACAUCUGGAGAGAGGUCACCCGCACCCAGGUACAGUUUUUACUUGAAUUUUCUUCUUAUUAUCCCUUUUUAUUCAUCAUUUUUUCUUCAUCAACACUAUUUCAGGUCCUUGCCAAGGUUACCGGUGGAGCCGUCCGAUCUCGCCGUCAAGCUGGUUACACCUCCGAAGCCGUUGAAGGAACCUCUCACAGCGCUGGAGGAUGCUGCGGCUGCGGUGUCUCCGCUCAAGGACCACCUGGAGCUCCAGGACCUGAUGGAGAAGAUGGAGCUGAUGGACAACCAGGAGCCCCAGGCAAAGACGGACCAGACGGACCAGAAGCCACUCCAGCUCCACAAGUCGAUUGGUGCUUCGAUUGCCCAGAAGGACCAGCUGGACCAGCUGGACCAGCCGGACCAAAGGGACCAAGCGGAAACCCAGGAUCUGACGGACAGCCAGGAGCCCCAGGAAACGCCGGAUCUCAAGGAGCCGCUGGAGCCCCAGGACCAGCUGGUAACGAUGGUGCCCCAGGAAACGCCGGAGCUGCCGGAGCCCCAGGAAAGGUCGUCGAAGUUCCCGGCCCAGCCGGAGCUCCAGGAGCCCCAGGACCAGACGGACCAGCUGGACCAGCUGGAUCUCCAGGAGCCCCAGGAAACCCAGGAGCCAAGGGACCACAAGGACCCGCCGGAGACGACGGUGCCGCUGGAGCCCCAGGAAAGCCAGGAGCCGACGGAGACCAUGGAGCCGACGGAGAAUCUGGUGCUCCAGGUAUGUACAGUUUUCUUAGAAAAUUCUUUCAUCAUUCAGUUUUUCUCACUAAAUAUGAUCUUUUCAGGAGGUUGCGACCACUGCCCACCACCAAGAACUGCCCCAGGAUAUUAAUUUCCUUCACUGCGCAUCUCCAAUCCUCGUCCUCGCGACUCAUUCCUUACGGAUAUCAAAUAAAAUAUGA